CAAUGUAGCGCAAAUUGACUUGAUCUUCAGGAAGCACCGCCAUAAUAUCGGUUAAUCAUAACUGCGGAAAACUGAAACUGCAUUUUAGAGAAAGAAAAUUCCUGUCACGCUAUUUUAUAGAACAAAACUCAAUAAAGGUGCAGUGUCGUCUUCAGGAUCAGGAAGAGACUGACUGACAUUUUAGGCUCGGUAUUUCAAGAGUUAGUGAAGUCACAAGUACGUAGGCCUAUAUAUUGGCCUAUUUUUGUUUAUUUUGUUUUUAGAUCAAAGAACCUGCCAAUUAAAGUCUCAGCUAUCAGUGAAGAUAAUGGCUACAAGAGAUGAUUUUUCACUUCCAUCGUCUUCGAACCCCUUCAAUCCAUUUGCGGACCGAUUAACUAAGCCUGACAUAGAACCCAGUGCUAGACCCAAAAACGCCACAGGGCCAUCGAUGUCAUCAAAUCUUGUCAAGAAACCAGAAAGUAAAAGUGCAGAUGAAGCAGAGUUUAUGACUUUUAUUGGUACUUUUGGAAGCCCGUUGUGCUGUCAUGCUGUACGCUUUGAGCCCGGUCAAGAACUGAGAAAAUCACUUUUAGAAUUUGUUCGAAAGAAAAAGCUGAAGGCCCCCUUCAUAAUGUCGUGUGUUGGAUCAGCUAAAAGUGCAAAGCUGAGAAUGGCAAAUGCCACUGCAGAGGAUCCACACUAUCUUCUAGAUUUGCAAGGAGCGUUUGAAAUCAUUUCACUGAAUGGAACAUUUUCAGCUGAUGGAAGGUGUCAUUUACAUGUCUCAUUAUCAAACGAAACAGGCAAAAUGCAUGGGGGCCAUCUGAUUGAAUUGAUAGUGCGUACAACUGCAGAGGUAAUAAUUGGAGAAUGCUCAGCUAUGGUAUUCGAAAGAGAGCAUGACCCCAGAACUGGAUUUCCUGAAUUAGUUAUUAAAGACCGAUAGAGUUUACAUCCAAAGCACCCCUUAUUGUCAUAUCUGUCCAAUCUGAAUUUGUUUUCAAAUGUAAUUUUGCUAUCAUGGGUUGAAAAGUGCAAGAAAUACAUGAACAUCUCUGUUUUUAGCUGAGUAACAGAAGAUAAUAUUUUGAUGUUUGAAUUUGUUAGUUUAUCUUAAAAUCUCUAUAGAAAGAUUUUAUUCUUUGUAAUAUCACUAUAGUUUUUUUGUUAAACAUAAAAUAUAUUUAAAUUGUCUAGCCUGGCUUCUUUAUAGUACCUAAUGAUUUUAAUUGCUUUAGAAAGCUUUAUUCCAACUCUCUUAUCCUUUCACGAGCUUGGUUACCAGCAAUUUGAAGCAAAGAAAAAUCUAGAAUGAGGGACCUUAGGCUGUCACAGGCAAAUUUUUUCUCCUUAAAGAAGAUAGCCAGCCUGCAUCCAUCACAGAUAGUCAUAGUGCCCCUCCCCAUAUAACUGCUAUAUUGAAACCAGGUUUAGAUAGAAAUGUAUUUUUGGAAUCAACUGUAAAUUUUGGAUUGCUGUAGCAUUGUAGAAGAAUGCACCUUAUACCAGGGUUUGAUGCUCAUUAUCUUCUGAAUUUGAUCUUGUUAAUCCUUACACCAUUAAAUAUAUAUUCAUCCAUGUCAGGAAAAAGAAUAACCAAACUGUCAUUUGUGACUGUCAUUGGGAAAAGAAUAGCUCAUUUGUAUUUAUAAGAAAACACUAUUUAAAUGUUUUCAAUACUUCAGUUAUUUAAUGCAUUGUCAUAUUUUCAUGUGUGCUUGUAUUUGUUAUGGCAUUGUGUUUUAAAAAUUCAAUAAUGAACUUCUUUAAAAUUAGAUGUCAUAUAUUCUUUUGUUUCCACUUCAAA